AUGUCAUCAUUCGCGAAGUCCAAGUUGAAGGCAGCGAGAGAUGCUAUUGGAAAGAAAAAGUACGAACAAGCACGUGAAGCCGCUGCACAGGUUCUUGAAUACGAGCCUGAUAACUAUACUGCCCAUGUGUUUCUUGGUCUUGCUCUCUUAGAACUCGGCCAGCACGAGAAGAGCGAGCAACUUUAUCGAAAGGCCAUAGAACUCAAGGAUGAUCAAAUACUCGCAUGGCAGGGAAUUGCAAAGCUUCACGAACAAACUCAGAAGUGGAACGAUUUGGCGGAUACCCUGGAACACAUGAUGCAGAUAUUUGCCAAAAACGAUGAUGCCACAAAAUGUGCUGAGACCCUUCAAAAAUUAAUGGAUAUUCUCCGGCAACAUGGGACACGCCGUGAGGUCAUUCAAGCAUUAUACUUUUACCUACCAGAAUCCUCUUUGUAUCCGGUUCUUUCAACACUCCCUCCACCUAAUGCUACGAAUCCUACAUCGACCUCAAUUUUUCCUACUCAAUCGGCAAUCCACAAUUCACUCGCCGUCUAUGAGGAGCUUGUAUCCCUGACAGAGCGAGAAGAGGAAAUGUUUAUCAAGUCCGAGUUUGACAAGCGACGUACUCGCCUUGGAGCUCCUAAACCUGAGCAACUCAAGAAAGACAUUGGCAUCGAGAUUUGGCACUCGUCAAAGCUUCCAGUACUAUACAACGAUAUUCUUAAUCAUCCCAGCACCUCGGACGAACUGCGGCGCGCCACAGAAUCGAAACUCAUUCGAUAUAAAUACCAAUUGUUUCUGGCACUCCCCUCUACUGACCCAGAAAAACGCCAAGUUGGCAUGCAGUUGGAUGAGAUGGUUCACGGUAUUGUGACGAUUGGCAUUCCGGAUGAGUUUGCUUGGUGCAUCUGGUUUGAAGGGAAAGAUUAUGAUACAGUUGGUACUGGGCACGCCAUCAAAUUAACCAUGAUUACUGAAUUGGCUACUCUAGAGGGUCUUGGUCUUGCGUAUCUCAAGCAGUUCAUAGAACUCUUCCCGACAAGUACAUUGGCGCUGAUGUUGACAGGAUACUUGACAUACAACAAGGCUGCUUAUGGUGACGAAGAAUCAACAGAAGAACUGACCUUUGCGGUGGAUAGCGACCCUUAUGGCACUAUUCUUGAUGCCUUUUCAGCACUCCCGGACUCAUUACUAGCGAACAUGAUCACAGCCCGAGUCCAUUUACAGGAAGUCGAAUACACAGAUGCCAUCAAAGUCGCUGAAAGCGGUCUGGAAUUGGUGCGCAGGUAUGAGUCGAACGCAGCUCGUGAACUCCAAGAAGUGCGCAAGGCCUUUCACAUUAUUCUGGCCACAUCCUUCGUCCACCUGUUUCCUCCAAAGCACCACCCUCGCGCCCUUUAUUUCUUAAAUGACGUCCUGAAGCAAGAUCCUACCAAUGUGGACGGAUUGAUGGGGAAGGGGUAUGUUUUCCGAUACGCUGAAAAAUGGGAGGAGGCGGAGGUGCUAUUUGCGCAAGCAGCGGAGCAGCUCCCUGACGAUGUUGACAAAGGUGUGGAAGCAAAAGAGGAGAGUGCGUGGUGCCUUAGUCGGAUGCAUGCGGAUGCUGGCGUAGAUGCUUUGAAAGAGGUCUUUGAAACCUUGAAGGAUAUCGAGGAUCGUGACACCGGAGAGUCUCGCGAGGAAGCUUUCAAAUACUUCAUCACAUCGCUCAAACACAAUCGCGAAUAUGCACCAGCAUACACUUCGCUAGGUGUAUAUUACUCAGAACACGCGUCACCGCCCGACCAUACUCGAGCUUCGAAGUGUUUCCAGAAAGCGUUUGAACUGGAUGCUCGUGAAUCAGAGGCUGCGAGGCGCCUUGCGGAAGGCUUCGCUGACGAGCGUGAAUGGGAUUUGGUUGAGGUAGUGGCUCGGCGUACUAUAGACGGUGAAGGCGGGAUGGGUGCGGGUAUGGGGGAAGGAGAUGGCGCAGCUUCAGGAAAGUAUCUUCCGACAAACGCGUGGGCAUGGAAGGCUCUCGGUGUUGUUGAGCUGAUAAGGAGGAACUAUGCGGAAUCCAUCAAGGUUUUUCAAGUGGCACUCCGAGCAGAUGUCGAUGACCAGCUCUCCUACAGUAAAGCCGGCCGCCAUGCCGCUGCCCUCAGGGCACUUGGUAGAGCUCACGAGCUUCAACCGGACGACUGGAUGUGUACAUACUUUAUAGGGGAAGUCCAACGGCAAGCGGGAAGGCUUGCAGAAGCUCUUACCUCUUUCCAGUCUAUACUGGAUGUUCGUCCCACUGAAGCCGGUGUCCUUUUAUCUGUUGCACAGACCUACCUCGACUUAGCCCGGCAUCAAAGGUUUACCGGGUUUGUUACCCGAGCUGAGCAGUCUUUUAUCUCCUGUGUCAACGUUGUGUUAGUCGCCAUCCGGGAAAGCCCGGGAUAUCGUGGAGUCGCCUGGAAAAUCGCUGCUGAUGCUCUAUUUGAUUUAUCGGUAAUCACUGUCUUCGCAGAUGAAAAUUACGUCCGCGAAACCGUGACCGUGGUCUGUGAAAUCAUACAAGACCAAAGUAGCGCUCGGCUGGCCGGUCUAUUCAAGUUCACAACUCUCUCUCCGGACGACCGAAUCACCGGGCUGAACGUACUCGAAGCUGCUGUCGCUGCCUACGAUUACCGCAUCACAGUGGGCUCCUCCGACGAAACCGCUCUCCCAAGCUCAUUGUACGACCUUGCUGUAGCCCUGCACGAGUGGAUUUUGAAACAGCCAUCCGGUACCACAGGGAAAGCCUUGGAGGCAACAAACUCAUUCUUGGUUCAAGCCCUACAGAUAGAGCCUGGAAAUGUCAGGUUCUGGGUCGCAUUGGGUGAUCUUCACUUCGCACAAAAGCCGAAACUGUCGCAACAUGCAUAUAUCAAGGCGAUCGAAGUUGACACCAAGAACGUGGUGGCGUGGACCAAGAUUGGUCUCCUCUACCUAUAUCAUAACGAUAUUGAGUUGGCUACCCAAGCAUUUACGAAGGCGCAAACUCUUGAUCCGGAUCAUACCCUGGCUUGGAUUGGCCAAGCAUUGAUUGCAAUAACAAACGGUCACGAAGCAGAUGCUCGUACAUUACUUGAGCAUGCAGUCAGCAUGACAGCAGACGUGGUGAAUACAUCCCCGCCGCCUUAUAUUUUUCGUGCACCCAAUACAGAUCGCCUUUUAACUGCCUUCUUCGUCCUCGGGCGCUAUUCCCAACGCUGCCCGGCUGAUGCCUGCGGCCUGCAUAUCUUCGGUCUGAUUUGCGAACACCUUGGAAAACUUGAACAGGGUGUGGAAUACAUAAGUCGUGCAAUUACUCUUCUAGAAGCAGCAUACGAGGAGAAGGAGGAUCCCAUAGUCGAACGCCAAUUUGUCAUCGCACACACCAACAUCGCGCGACUCCGUCUUGGGUUGCAGGACUAUGAAGGAUCAUUGGCAUCUUUCGAGAACGCUCUAAGUCUACUUCCUGAAGAUGCAGAGCGGGAAUCACAGAUUCUACGCGUACAAGCUCAAUACGGGUCUGGGUUAGCGUCUUUCAAGAUGGGUGAUCUUCAGGCCGCCAUGGCGGCAUUUCAAGCUGCUUUGGAAAGCGCCGCUGACGAUCUUGUUCUCCGAGGACAGGUUACUGUUCUGCUGGCACAGACGAUGUGGGCGAUUGGGACACCCGAGUUCCGCGAGUCUGCGAAAGGCUUGUUACUUGAUUGCAUCACCGCCGAUCCAGAAAAUUUGAUGGCAAUCAACACUCUAGCUGGAAUGGGGAUACUCACUGAAGACGAUGGGCUAGUUGAUGCCGCGCUCUCCGAAAUUCUGUCACUCCCCGUAGAACAGAGACUUGAGCUCGAUCCUCGAAGAGACGUGACGUAUCUCCUCGUGCAACAUUAUCUUGGGCUGGGCGACUCUGACAAGGCAAUUAAAAUCGCGCAAAAAGCCCUUCAUGUUGAGCCUUCGAAUCUGCAGAUGAGGCGAGAAGUCGCAUCUUUGUUGCUCAUGCAGGGGGAAGGAGACGCUGCGUCGGCCAUCCUGGCAUCUGUAGCGCUGAAUCAAAACAUUGCAGAAGCAAAGACCACUCUUGCAUUAUCGGUACUUGCACAACCAAUACAGUCUCAAAGAAGUGCACAAAAAGCCAUCAUGCUGGAACCCGGUCAACUGCGAAACUGGCAGACUUUGGCUUAUGUUCGAGCACAGGAAUCGCUGUGA